UAGCGUCUCAACUAGGGAUAUCAAAAUUAUACAAGUUGCUAAUUUCAAGUUGCUAAUCAAGAAUCGCAGUACUACCUAAUAUAAAAAAAGUGGUAUGAAGAUAUGGUAUACGAUUACAUAGAGAUGUAAUAAGAGUAGUUUUAUGAAAACUUCACAGGCCAAACUUCCUAGGUUGAAGAUGAAUUCAUUUUUUUGACCUAUCUCGCAAACUUCUAUAAGAAGGAAGGAACACCCCGACCCACAUGACAACCAUUGUCCAAUGGGAACACACAUCCCUGGGAUCAUCUCUCAGUUUAGAAUAGAGGGAGAAGCAACAGCGGACAACGCAUAGGGAGGUUGGUUGAAAGACAAGAGGAGAGAUGUAUAGGAAAAAAGUUGUUUACAUCCAUUUGUAACUGUAAUAUGAACGGACACGUAGCUGGAUUGCUAUAGUCGUUGAGUUUGAGCAAUCGAGUCACGUCAACGCUACGAAACUCCACUCCCCCUCUUCUUAAAGAUGGCGCUGCAACAUACCCACUGUGUGACCUGCCUGAGUCAGAGGUGCAUGACCAGGCCUGAACCUGGUAUCUCCUGUGACCUGGUCACCUGCCCCUUGGUCUGCGGGGCCAUUUUCCACACCUGCAAAGGACCCGAGCACCGCCUCCUCUGCCCCCUGGAGAGGGUGCCCUGCCUGAACAGUGGCUUUGGCUGCCCUGCCACCCUGGUGCGGACCCGGAUUCCCGCGCAUCUGGAGGUGUGCCCAGCAGGCGUGGUGUGCUGCACCAUGGAGUGGAACAGGUGGCCGAUCAGCUGCCUGGACUACACCUCAUACGAGAGCCUGAGCUGGGGGGUGGAGGAGACAGAGCAGCUGGACAUGGCGCUCGCCCUGCAGGACCAACACACACUGAUCGAGUCCCUCAAGGUGGUCGCCAUGGCGCCCACGGUUGAAAGACAGCCACCGGUUGUCGCCGUAGAGAGCGAGAAGGACACUGCUUCGGACUCGGCUGUGCUGGUGGUGGCCGACCCUAUAGCUGCCACUUCUGAGUCACCGCCACCAUUGACGCCGCAGUCACCACCACCAUUGACACCACCGCUGGGCUCAGCAAAGGAUAAAAUUGCCAAUGGAAUAAACGGUUUGAACGAGGAGCGGUAUAGCAAGCUGUACGAGGCCACAGUGGAGACGGCGAGGAGCCUUGCCGCCGCGUUGGACGUCCUCAGCAGCGCUAACAACACCUCUGACAACAACACAGAGCAACACAUCAACGGAGGAGCAGUGCUGGGGCCUCAGCAUAGCGAGAACAGCAGUGACAGGAAUGAGGAGCUGCUGCUUCACAACAGACUGGAGGUCAAAGGUCCUGUAGCUGAGGGUGUGAAUUUGAAGGAGUGCUAUGGACAGCUGCACCAACUCCACCAGGCUACAGUCCAGCUAAGGAGGAGCCUGGUCACAGCCCUGGGUGACCUCGGCAACACAGUAAAAUACACAGACCCAAUCAACGGAGGCCCCUCUCACCCUCAGGCAGAACCUAACAGCAGCUUCCACCAAUUGGAAGAUGCAGACUCAAUUCAUGUUGAGAUGAAAGAUGCUGAGGCAGGAUCAUCAGUCGGACCGCUGAGAGUGGUCAGCAGAACCGACAGUGCGGUUGCCAUGAAUGUUGUUGCUGAUGGCAACAUGCAGAUGGAGCUUUUAGGUAGGGCCUCAAAGAGUGUUGAGAGGAUGGAUGGACAUAGCCUAUGUAAUGGUUGUUUGAGUGGGGAAGGCUCCCAGAAGAGGCCACAGGAGCAGGUCUUAGGUUCAGAUUCAGCAGACCAGCAACAGCCUGGAACCAGUUGGUCCACCAGUGAAACAGUAUGCCUAGUCAAGGUGCAAGAUGACUUGAAUCUGUCACCUGUGCCUCAAGGGUCCUGUGUGUCUCAGUCACAGACACAACCCCAGUCUCACCCAGACCCUCCACUAGCACCACCCCUGCAUAUCCACCAGGGUAUUGCACACAGGGCCAGCCACGUGGUCCUAGAGGACAGAGGGCUGGAGAGGAAGUUCCAGAACCACCAGUUGCUCAGAGGCUUGGGCCAGUUUGCUCUGUCCAAUGGACGAAGGGUCCGGGUUAGGUUUAGACCCAAAAUGGAGGACAAGGCAGUGGAUACAUCAGACCUGGAGCAGGAGGACGACCCCAUGGGCCUGGGGGAGAUCGACCUGAUCACAGCAGCCCUCCUCUUCUGCCUGGAGGAGUCUCGCAAGUGCCGCAGGAUAUCUGAAACGACCUAUGUCGACGGCUUCCACGUCGACUUCGGCACGCAGACCUUUACUUUCCCAGCGGCCAUCUUGGUGACCAGCACAAGGGUAGGCGACGUAGCGUCUGCGGCUGCCUGCGACCACGCGCCCCAACUAUCCUACCCCAGCCCCUUCCGCACCCUCCGCCUGGACCUGGUUCUAGAGGAGGUUCCACAGAUCCGGAACAUGCCAUGUAAUCGUCUCCAGCAAAUGUUCUCCUUCGUUUGUGGCCAGCUGUUCCGCAGGGAUGAGUACUCCUCCCACUUCAAGAACGUCCACGAGGACAUCCACGCGGGCCUCAACGGUUGGAUGGAGCACCGCUGUCCCCUGGCUUACUACGGCUGCACCUACUCCCAGCGCAGGUUCUGCCCCUCAUCCCAGGGUUCAAAGGUCAUCCAUGACCGGAACCUUCGGUCAUUUGGGGUGCAGCCAAGCCCCGUUGGGGGGGAACCAUUGGGCGAGUCCCAAUCAGACCAAUUCAGUGGGCUUCCCUUUGAGGUGCUGGAACAUGUGGCCCGCUUCCUAGACGGCUUCAGCCUGUGCCAGCUGUCCGUGGUGUCGCGGACCAUGAGGGAUGUGUGUGCUAGCCUGCUGCAGUCCCGGGGGAUAGUGGAACUACGUUGGGAGAGGAGGCAGUACCCAAAUGGAACCUUCUCAUGGCAGAUCAAAGACAGGGUGUGGAGAUUCAGCACUGCCUUCAGCCCCGUUAUCGAGUGGCGGUUCGCCGAAGUCUCCAGCAUGUCCGACCAUCUGAGGACGUGCCGCUACAACACCAUCGAGCGCAAGAUGGAGGCCGUUCCACUGCCGUCCAUGUGCACAGCCAGAGACCGAUCCCUCCUCUCCAUCUUGAAACUCCAGGAGCAACACAUGACCUAACCUCUGUUAGCUACACUGUGUAAUUUAAUACCAUAGGUUUUGAUGUUACAUGUAUUUUUUAUAUUGAAAAAUAAUGUGGGAAAAUCUCAAUUGCAUACUACUUGUGUCCUCUCCCCUCCUUCUCAAAACCCAUUGGAGGAGAAGGUCAGAGAGGAGGGACCUCUGGCUUUCUCAUCCAAUGGGUUUUGAGGAGGAGAGGAUGUUAGCAGUAUGCAAUUGUGAUUCUCCCUGUGUCCCGUGUUGUAUGACGGUUGAAGAGCCUUAAUGUAUGAAAUAAUACUUGAUCUGCUUGACACACGGUUACAGUAGGUUUCUUGACCUGCAGUGUAUCCAUACUAGAUGUAAAUUAGUACUAUUUAACUUGCAUGGUUUGUUGGUGUUUAAAUCGUGCCCCUAUUUUGGUAACAUGAUUUUCUUGGACAAAUACUGACUAUACAUAGAAAGAAAUAUAAAUAUUUUCACUGUCUUGCAUUUCAGCAAGUUAUUUUCCAUAGCACUUUAAAGGAAUGUGCAAGUCCCUGGUCACUCUUAUACCAAUGUACCAAAAGCAUCAAUAUGUAAUAUGUGCAAACUGGACUUGAAGGACCAGUGGGUUGGACCAGAAAGUGACCACAAAACAAAGGAAGAGAAGUCAUGCGUGGUCACAUGGAGCUGUCCCAACAAUGCAUGUGAUUUUGUUGCUGUUUAAUAAAAUGAAUCUUCAAUAACA